AUGACUGCACGUGUAGUCUUUGAGGAGAGCCUGCAGAAAGAAACCGCACCUCUAGGCGUCAAGGCAGUCGUAUUCGAAGUCGGUGCCGUUGAGACAGGAGUGUGCACAAUCCGUCAGGCGGAUAACAAAGGCUUCGCUAACUUCUCCACAAACCCGAAAUACCGGGGUCUCGCCGAUGAUUUCUGUGCCAAGUUCGUCUCCAUGGUGCUCGUCAAUUGCCCUUCGGACACCGAGAGGCUUCCGGGGGCGGUGUGGAACGUGGUCAUCGGCCAGUGCAGGGCUGCCGAUCGGCCCUUCUCGGUCCGGGGGCCUGCCGGGGCGUACUCGUUGGCUAUUAUGAGGCAGAAGUGA